UUACAGAAUUUUUCUCGUUUCAUUCAUCAAAAUUAUUAUUUUUCUGUCCAUAAAAAUUACAAGAAGAUUAAGUAAGGGAGGAAAUGAAUUUUCAAAAUUUGAAUCGUUUGAACGCCCUCGCAAACAUGAUUUCGGGAAAUUUUUUACCGAUGAACAAUAUAAAUGAGAAAUUAUCCAUAGUUUUGAAAAUCUAUUUCAUCAUCGCUUGGAUAAUAGAACUGAUAUACGUGACUGCCUCUUUUCUCGGACUUUUCAAUGUAUCGGGGGAAAAAGCGUUAAAGGAUGGUACAGUGAACAUAGCCAUCUCAUUUGAAGUGAUCAUUUUCAAUAUAUAUUUACACAGUCGUAAAAAGUUGUUAUAUAAAUUAAUUGGAAAGUUGAAUCAUCUUCUGAUUACAGAAGACGAAAUAUUUCAAAGCGUGAUAAUUGAUACAGUGAAACCGUUAGAGAUGCCUUUAAAAAUUUAUAUAAUUGCAAGUGUCGCUUCGCUUAUGAUAUGGAUAUUAUCUCCGUUGAUCAAAUUGUUUCAAAAUAAUGAAUUUUAUUACAAGGAUUUUGUAAUUCCAGCCGUUUUUUCCAAACAACCUUUCUCAAACGAUAUUUUUAUUUGUGGCAUUUUUCUUCAAUUGCUUGGCGGUGAAGAUACGAUAAUUAGAAAAAUUAGUCUAGAUAUCUAUACCAUAUACUUGUGCCUUUUAAUAACGGCUCAAUACAAAUACCUUAGAAUCAAAUUUGCGGUCAUACUUGAAGAGAAACAUGAAGUAACGAAAGAUCUUUACAAGAAUAUUAUUUGGCAAAACGAUAAUGUCAGACGGGAAAUGAAGUUGUUGACCGGCCAUUUUGAAACUGUAAUUGAGACGACUACUAUAUUGAAAAAAUUGAUUUCUCCCAAUAUUGGAUUUCUUUACUUAAGCUACGUUUUCCGAUUCUGCUUUCUGAGUUUUAUGUUUGCAAUGACUACGGCCAACUAUUUUGAAAAAUGUUUACUUACAUCGUAUACAAUCGGUGCAUUAAUACAAUUUUAUAUAUUAUGUUAUUGUAUUCAACAUUUAUUUGAAGCGAGUUCAUCUGUAGGAGAUGAUGUGGUAUAUGAAAAAUGGUAUUCUUAUGACGUACGCUUUCAACGUGUAAUUCUUAUGAUAAGUUUGGCUAACGAAUUAAAAUGUAAAAUAUCCAACUUUCAAAAUAUUAAUUUAACCUUAUCAUCUUUUAUGUCGAUUCUAAAUCAAGCAUAUUCGGUAUGUUUAUUAUUUUUAAAAGUAAGACAAGAUUGA